ACUUUGCAAAGAGGUUUGAUUUGAGCUGCGGGAAAAAGGAUCAGAGAGAGAUUGAAGGAACAGCAGAUCAUGGUCCAGCAAAGUGAGACGGAGAGCGGCGCGUCCCGUGAGGCUACAGACACCGAGGAACCGGAGAUGAGCGUCUGCAGCCCCGUGCCUCCAAAACCGGACUGGUGCCGGACAGCCACCGGACACAUCAAGCGGCCCAUGAACGCGUUCAUGGUGUGGUCGAAGAUCGAGCGGAGGAAGAUCAUGGAGCAGUCACCGGACAUGCACAACGCGGAGAUCUCCAAAAGACUCGGCAAGCGCUGGAAAAUGCUGAAGGACAGCGAGAAGAUCCCGUUCAUCCGGGAAGCCGAGCGGCUGCGCCUGCAGCACAUGGCUGAUUAUCCAGACUACAAGUACAGACCGAAGAAGAAACCCAAACUGGACAACUCUUCCAAACCGGGCGCGCUGUCACCGGAGAAAAGCGGCAACAAGGCUGUCAAAGCCGGCGCAAAGAAAUGCGCAAAGAUGAAAGCCAGCAAACCGGCGAGCGUCGUCGGCGCGAGCGCGCGCGCAGCGCAAGAUGUGCGGUGCAGCUAUGCGUUCGCGAACUUCAAAGUCGGCAAGUCGGUCAAGAGGGAGCUUACGGACGACGAAGACGAGGAUGAUGAUGAAGAAGAAGAAGACGACGACGACGACGAUGAUGAUGAUGACGACGAUGACUAUGAUGUCGAGUCCCCGAUGCGCUUUAAAGCUGAGGAUGAUGAGGAGCACCUGAGACCGUACGGUGUAGCCAAAGUGCCGGCGAGUCCCACGCUGAGCUCAGCCGCCGAGUCGGAAGGCGCAAGCAUGUAUGAGGAGAUGUCCGGGCGCGCAAGCGCAACAGCCGGUUCCAGACUGUUUUACAGCUUCAAGAACAUCACCAAGCAGCAGCCGCUGCACCACCAUCACCACCACCACCACCAUCACCAUGCGAGCCGAUCUUCUUCAUCAUCAUCAUCAUCAUCAUCAUCAUCUGCACUGUCUCCGGCUCCGUCUUUCCGUUCCGCGUCCAUGUCGUCUGAGGACGCGGACGACCUGCUGGUCGACUUCAGCUUGAACUUGGCAGCAGGCGGCGAGCAGACCAGCCACGCUUCAGGGAACUUGUGCCUGUCUCUGGUGGAUAAGGACUUGGACUCGUUCAGCGAGGGCAGCCUCGGCUCCCACUUCGAGUUCCCGGACUACUGUACUCCAGAGCUGAGUGAGAUGAUCGCAGGAGAUUGGCUCGAGGCCAAUUUCUCCGACUUGGUGUUCACCUACUAACGGUUAGAUCUUCAGGUUCUUUCAGACUCGCCUCUUGGGUUUUGUGCCCCUUCCAGAUAGCACAUGGAGGAAGCAGAAGAAGAAGACGCAGCGGACGCGCCACUGACAUGACAAGAAAGAAAGAAUAAUAAAAAAAGUUUCUCACCUUCACAGGGUUUUCUAGGUGUGUGAGGCUUCAGGUGGAGAGCAAAGCUGAACUAUGCAUUCCCAUCCCACCUCGUGCAUCUACAGGAAGGAGGCGAGUCUACACCACUUCAGGAUGUUCACUUUUCCAGAGGGUUUUAUGUGAUCUUUUUUUUCCUUUUUUUUUUUUUUUUUUUUUAAAUUCUGUAUGCCACAAAUUAGUUUUUUGUAACCCUCCAGCCAAUGGAGAUGCGGAGAUUAAACUGUUCUAGGACACAGGUAUGGCAGGAAGAGUUUUUGAUACAUAACCAACAUACCUCAUCUUUUAAAAAAAAAGUGAAAAAAGUGAUAUUUUCUGGCAUAUUUUUGUACAGUUAAAGGGAAUGUUCUUAUCUUACUGUGCUCUCAGUGAGGUUUCUUCAGGCACUUCUACCCGGUUUCAUUGAUUUUUUAUUGUUAUUUUUUUUUCAAGCAUGCAAGGGUUAAACGACAUCAACAUCGAUAUCAUCUUUGCAUCUUAAAUGCCUUGGGAUGAUGAUGAUGAUGAUGAUGAGUUCAUGUUCUAGACUGUGUACAGGUGUAGAUUGGACCGUGCGUUUCUCAAGAGAUGUACAAUGGAAUUGGGGAAUUCUAGACCUCAUUGCUGGUACUAGAUUCAAGAUUGUAUAUGUUCUGUAAUAUAGUAAAAGCUAGGAGUUUAUGUAUAUCAGUGUGAAUGGGUCCCAAAUAGCAGGUGUGAAACUGAUUUUAAAAAAAAUGUUUUGCAUUUUACCAUCUUAAUGGCUUUUUUUUUUUUUUUACUUUUCAUUAUUUUGUGCAAUAUACUCUUGAAAUGGACCAUCUGCAUUUUGUAGCAAAGGAAAAAUGCAUUACAUGUCGUCGUCAUGCUGAAGUCUGUAUCUUGACAAAUAAAUCAGCUGGAACUGA